CCAAUCCCGCUGAGAGAGCAGCCGUCGGUGCUCAAUCGGCGGCUAUGCAGGAGCUGGACAGCAUUCUCAAGAUGGACUGCGACGGCAGGUGCAUGGCUCGUUCAGAGCUGGCGCGGAUUGCCCACUCUUCCCGAAACCUGCCAGUCGACGUCCUACAACAACACAUCGUCCCAUGCCGUUCUUUCUCGAGCUGUGUCCGGGCCGAGAAGCCCGAUCCUCUAAUCCUUCUAUCCCGCCGGUGCUCAGUCCGGCCCGCGCCCUCUAAAUCUGGACGAAUGA